AUGAAAAAAGCUGAAAACAAUUACGUGACCUCGAUGGAGUUCACUAAUGCACUUAACAAAUACAUUCCUUCUCUGGUGCUCUAACAAUGGAUAACAAAGGUUGAUUAAUAGCAGAUUAAUUUGCCAGAAUUACAGCCCACAGAAACUGUAGUUCUAUUUGCAGAUAUCUCAGGUUUUACCAUGAUAUCUGAAGCUUGUGCUUUAAUGGGGGUCAGAGGUAAUGAAGAGCUGGCCUUUUGUAUUAACAGAUAUAUGGAAGGCAUGGUUAAAUCUCUCGGUAAAUAUGGUGGAGAUAUCAUUAAGUUUGUCGGUGACGCAAUGAUAGUAAUGUGGCCUAGAUUUGGACCAGAAAAUGGAAGCACUUCUCCAAGAGUUGAUAAGACCAAAGAAACUUAGAAAUAGGUUGUCUUUAAGGAUUAAUUGGAUGAUAGAGUGACUGUUGUCAGAAAGGCUAUCUAAUGUGCUAUCGACAUUUAAAAUGAACUAAACAACAAAAAAAUUAUGAGCAAUGUUACAAACCUGAGUGUGAAGAUAGGAAUCGGUUUCGGGCAAUGCGCAUUAUUAUAUGUAGGAGGAGUCUUCAACAGAUCCGAAUUUUUCACGGUUGGAGAUGCUUUAACCUAAGCACUUAAAUCCGAGGAAAAUGCAACAGCAGGUGGUCAGAUUAUAGUAUCAUCUAAUGCUUGGAACAUAGUCUAAGAUUUCUUCAAAAGUGAAGAGAUUAUUAAUGAGCAUGGGGGCAAAUUCUAUAAAAUUUCAGGACUAGUCUAAGGCAUCAGGACAAGAGCAGAUGCUGUUCUUCUUAGGAAUCUGAUCCAAGCAGAUAAUUUCGCUAAAAUCCAGAACAAACUAAAAAGUUGUAUCCCAGCUGCAAUCAUGCCAUACUUGGAAAUAGGAUAUGAGCAAUAUGGAUCUGAAACUCGCCGUCUAACCGUUAUGUUUGCCAGUUUGGGAGUUGACCUAUCAUCAGCUUAAACCGAUGCUGGGAUGAAAAAGAUCUAGAAAAUAGUUACAACUGUUCAAUAACAAGUUUACAGACUAGAAGGGUCUCUCAAUAAAUUGGUAAUGGAUGAUAAAGGAAGUACGUUAAUAUGCAUUUGGGGGCUUUGUCCUUUUUCACAUGACGAUGAUGCUGCAAGAGCUAUAUUAACUGCUAUUAAUAUGAGACGAGAACUAGCAAAGAUUGAAAACACAUGGUGCAAUGUUGGUAUAUCAACUGGAGAAGUAUUCUCUGGUGUUGUAGGUACUAGUGGCUCAAGAAAGGAAUUCUCUGUCCUAGGAGAUUAUGUUAAUUUGGCUGCUAGAAUUAUGUACUGGCCCAAAAAAUAUAAGCAAACAGGAAAGAUAAAUGUAGACUUGUAAACUAAAAAGGAGGCAGAUAACUAUAUUAGAUUUAACUACAUGGGGCAUUGCGAGUUCAAAGGAAAAUCCGUGAGUUUGCCUAUUUUUGAACCAAUCGAUCCUGACGAAGAGUCAGCUUAAUGUGUAAAAAAGGUUGUACCUUUUGAUACAUUCUUAAGAAUUCACUCGAACCCAUUCUUGGUUGAUAGAAUGAGUGAACACAAGCGCAAGAAUUGCAGGUAAAUUGGCAGAGAAAACCUACUUCAUAAAGUUUGUGAUGAACUCAUUGAUUUUUUUGAUAAUGAUCAAAAAGAUACAAGACCUUACUUUUUAGCUAUUAUGGGGGAAAUUGGAAGUGGAAAGACGCUUUUUGCUCGAUGUGUCUAUGAUUAGCUAAAGAAAAAAAAAGAUUUUCUUAGAGAUGAAAUGAUGGGACCUGAUUUUAAACCUAUUCUUACGAGUUCAAUAAAUGCUGAAUCCCAAAUGAGAUUCCUCAAUAUAUGGAGACCUAUUCUACAGAUGAUGAUGUACAUUCAUUGCAAGAAGAAUAAUCAAACUCCAGAUAAGAUCAUCAAAAGAAUCUUAAAAGGCCAAGCUAAUGAGAUUCUUGAUAUCAUUCUUGAUAUAUAUUCUCAGCAUGAACUUAAAAAGGGAGGUAUUAAGCUCCCUCUUUCAGAUGAUCCAAUUUAGUUUGUUAAAAGAGAGAAGUAUUCUGAGGAGACUGUGGAUAGAGUGCUCGACUUUAUGAUUGAAUUCAUCAAGGAAGUUCUGGGUGAAAAAGAUGACUAUUACUCUGAGAUGGAUUAGUCCUAGAUAUCAGAUGAAGAAAGGUCAAGGCAGUCUUAGACUAAGCAGUAACUAAUGUUUGUCGAGACUCCAUUAAUCAUUAUUCUGGAUACAGUAUAGCUGAUGGACGAAGCAUCGUGGAAACUGCUUGAAUUGAUUAAAGAUGAGUGCUAUUAAAUAGCGGUGAUUCUAGUGAUGCAAACAGAUACCAAUAAUACUGCAAAGAUUCAUCCAGAAGCAAGGACAUUCUAUAACGAAACUUUUGGCAAUCAUCUUGAGCUGUUUAAAAUAGUUGACUUACCCCCAUUCAAGAUAGAUGAGCUCAAUCAUCUUGUGCAAGAAUUAUCCUCAAAGUACAUGUCAUCAAUGACGGAAGAAAUACAUCUGAUGACCUUAAUUGAAGACCCUGCAACUUCAAUUAAGAACCCAGAUGUAUGCAAGGCCAAAGAAAAGGAAUUGAAAAGAAAAAUGCUAGUAAAUGAGAACUUUUAGCUAAUUAAUGAUGAAAUUUUGCAAAUAACAUUGCAGAGAUGUGAGGGGAACCCCAUGAUUUGUCUUAAUUUCAUAUUCAACCUUAUCAAUAACGAUUUUUUGCAAGUAAAAGAUCAAUAAUUACAGCCAACUAAUCUUUUUAAGAAAUGCAAGCAAAGACAAGAUUGGAGCACAGUUCCAGUUCCAGGCAUUACUCAAAAAAUCAAUACUACUCUGAUUGAUAGUUUCAUCAAAGAAAUGAGAUCUAAACUAAACAAAGUCGACUCUGAAAAUGCUGUGAAAGGAGUAUUGAUCCUUAAAUCGGCAGCAGUCAUUGGAGAGGUAUUUGGGUCUAAAAUUUUAUAACAUAUCAGUCCCUUGAGACAUGAUACUCAUAAGUCAAUCCUUUCUGUUUUGAAAAUAUUAGAAUAAAAAGAUUUCAUUGAGAUCCUGGAUGAAACUGAUCCUAAAAAUGCAAUCUGCAGAUUCAGAAAAUGCUUCUUAAGAGAAACUAUCUAUCAAAUUAUGUUAUACAGAGCUUAGAAGAAAGGGCUGCAUCAAUUGAUGGUUCAAUACAUCCAAAAUAAUCCAAACUCUUUCGAUAAUGACCCUGAAUAAGAAGCAGAAAAACUGCUUAAUCACAUAUUGAUUGCUGAAGAUCUAGAUAGUGAGGACAAGGUGCCUUUUAAGUCAAAGCAAGGUCUUAUUGUCAAGAAAAUUGCAAAUAAGGUAAUGAAGAAUCCUAACUGUGUGGUCAAAUCUGGAUUUCUAACUAAAUAAGGAGACAAGCCUAAUAAGAAAGUAGAGAAGCGACUGAUGAUCAUAAAGGCAAAAGAGAUAUCAUGGUAUCAUAAUGAGAAAGAAUUCAAAGCUGCUAAGCCUCUAGGUGUUAUCUAUAUGACUUCUAUCUAUCAUUGUAUUGGCACUUGUGCAUGGAGGAAAAAGGAAAUAGAAAAAGAAGGGAAAAGAGAAUUCAUAUUUGGAGCAAAGGAUGAAUAGGAAAGAGAUGAGUGGAUUUCUUGUAUUGAGUAUUUAAGGGCGAAAGCUAUUUAUGAUAAUUUCGUUCAAAGAUAUUGCAACAUUUCUUUCCCACUAAGAAGACCAUCAGAGGAAAUAUAGGCUGAUCAAAGAGAAAAUUUUCUUCAGAUUAUUAGUGAUUUUGGCAUGAAAUUAAAGACUAGUUCAAGGUUCAAUAAACCAGCAAUCACCUAAGACGAGUAAUCAAUCUAGAGAAUUCAGUAAAACUCUCUUAAAAACCCAAGAAUAACAACUAAAAUUGGGAGUUUCGCUGCAUAUAAUCUUUAACAAGUCAAUGAAAGCACAUAUAUGAGUGCUGCUAAUAACCCAAAAGAAAUAGCAAUGAAAUUAAAGAAACUCUAUAAUGCUUCGAUUAUUUCUUUCAUAAAUCAAGUCGCUUAGAACUCAAAUAAAUAAGCUAUAAAUAAAUAUGACAGCUUAAGAAAAGUGCCUGAUGUUUUGAAAAACACUAGUGUCCUAACAUUUUAAGAAGAUUCAAACAAUGAUAUACACCAAGAUUCAACAACUAGAACCAAGCCAUCAUUUAUUAUGAACAAUACCACGCUUUAAAAUCUUGUGGAUGAAUCCGUUCAGCAUUAAUAAAAUGACACUACUUUAAAGUUAAGAGAACUAAGGAAAAUUAGUGCAAUAGCAAAGAGAGAAAUAUUCGAUGAUAAUAAGGAUCUAAAAUCCUGUCUUGAGGAAAUGAAAGGUGUUGGACUGAAAUCGCCUAAGAAGAAACUGCACGAUUAAGCCAAAAUUACUGAGGAAAAUGAGGAUGAUCAUUCUGAUGACAGCAUAAACGAUAGUAGCUUACCAAGAAAAAGUGCGAUCUCUGAUUUAACUGCUAAGAGUGGCUCUCCUAAUCAAAAUGGUAUCAUUCCAUAGAGUUACUAUACUUAAGCAGACGAAGGCAAUUAAAACUUCAUUUCAAAGAGAGUUGAUCAGAAGAAAAAUUAAAAAAUUGCUUAAAAUUAGAAAUUAUCUAUUCUCUAAACUUAACCUCUUCUUCAUUAAUAACAAGAGAAUGAAAUGAAACUUAACAAUAAUGCUAAUAAUCUUAACAAGAAAUCUAGAAUGUCAAGAUAACUUGAGCUUUCUUCAGCUUUAACCAAGCAGAGAGAACUCACUUUUCAUAAAUAAGGACAAGAAGAAGAGCAAAAUUAAAACUAGGAAACUGCUUAAUCUUUAUUCGCCUUAAGUGUCAAUCCAACUUAAUAAGAGCAAGAUGAACUUCAAAGAGAGGAAAGGUUGAAUGAGAGGAGAUAAACUCGGAAAAAGGCAGGCUAUGAACCAUCAAAUCGUUCUUCUUCUUCAUCAGAGGAAGGUGAAAAACAGGAGGAGAGUGUUAUUGAAGAUGAAGAGCACGAAAAGAAGUCUAAAGGAAAUGAAACCAAUAGAGAUACCGGGAAUUUUUCAUAGAUUGAGCCUCAUGAAUUCAAUAGCAAUAGUGUUUCUAAGAAGCAGCAAUCUCAGAAUAUUUCACAGCUUAGAGGAUCAAAAGACUCAUUGAAACUUAAUUACAGUUUGAUAUAAAAAUAAGACUCCCUGAAGCAAUCCUCUAAAUUGACUAGUGAUUUUUCAAAGAAGCACACUUCUCAAAAUUCUAAGGAUCUUAAAGAUUUGAAUGAGCAAACCAAUAGGAGUGAAUCAACAUAGUAAAAUAAUAUACAGUCUGCUGUAGUCUAGCAAAUACCAAAUAUUUCGGAAAUUAUUGCUUAGACUAUUUAAGAUCAAGUUAGCAAGAGCUUCUAAUAAAUGAUGUAAUAAGUGUAGAAAUUGACUUAGAUUAAAUAGUAAGAUAAUAAGACACCCUCACCUCCAUACAACAGAAAUGAUUCCUCUUAAUCUAAGUCUAUGAAUAGUAGUAUCUAUGAUGAUGAGUGGAGACAUUAAUAGCUACUUAGAGCUCAAAUAUCUGGUGGAGCAGCAUCAAGUAAAAAGAUAUCGCUUUAACAGGCGAUUCCAAAAGGGUCAAACUUAGCUUCAUCUAAUAGAAGCCCCUAUCUCACAGUGAGAGAAAGGCCUUAAAGAGAGGAGACAGAAGUUGAUGAAGAUGAUGAAUACUUGAAAGAUCCAUUAGUUGAAUAGGAAUAUCUUAGAAUGUAGCAGUAAAAUAAUUAAGCAAAAGCUAAUAAUCAAGAAAAUGCUUCAAAUGCUCUCAGGUAAAAUAAUAAAUAGCAAAGACACAGACUAAUUGGAAGUUAAGACUAUGCUGACCCAUAAUUAUCAAAUUUAAAUUAAAAUACAAAGAUAACAGCAUCAAUAUUAAAAUAAUCAGAAUUUUCCAACAAUCAACAACAACAAUGGACACUACAGUCAAAGUAACUUAACAUAUUCUCCCUCUACAGUGAAUAGAUGACCUUAAGAUUAUUCUCCUUUAAGCUUGAAUUAAAAUCCAAAUCCAUUCAUCCUUACAAUAUGCCAAUGCAAUAUCCACCAUAUAACAUGCCACCACCCUAGGGCUUUUAUGACCCUAAUUACAUGCCUCUUUACUAGCAAAGACAGUCAAUGGAUAAUGAGUUAUUUAAUCUUGAUGAUUAGUUUGAUGUCUAUCCUACAGCGUACACAAAUACUAAUAAUCAAUUUAUCUCAGAUAUAUCCUCAAUAAUUGGAGGAGAUACUCUGGAGCCACUAAAUUAAUUUGCAAUUGUCCUUGAAGAUACCUAAUGCUAAUUGAAGGGAGACUUGAUUUAGCUCUAUGAAGGGGAUAAAGUGGAAGUUUUAAAAAUUCUGAAUGAGCUGAACUGUGCAGAGUGUAGAUUUAACAACCAAAUAGGAAUGUUCUCUUUGAAUUCUAUCAAAUUGAUUAAGAGGAAUACAAAUCCUAAUAGCAGCAACAAUUAAAAUCAGAAAUCUCCUAGAAUAUAGAAUUUGAGAGAUAGCAGUACCUAAAGAUAAAAAGAAGAGUAGGAAAAAGCAAGAAAGCCACCAAAGAAGUAGGCUGAUCCGAGACUCAUUGAGCGCGAUAGUUAAGCUUAGUUCUUUAGAUAGAAAGAUAACCAGAGUCAAUCUAAUAACAGGUAGAACUUUUUCAAGUAAAAUACUUAGGACAAUAAUUAAAGAUCUAAAUCACCAAUAAAUAAUUAAAAUCAAUAGAAUCUAAAAUUAAAUGAAAGAAAAAAUAAAAAGUAGAGAUAGGAUAAGGAUUCAGCAGAGAGAUUCAUAGAGUAGUUGCGAAUGUGA